CACUGGACCCCACUGGGUCGUUUUCUUGGUUCAAUGUCAAAGCUUGGAUUAUCUGGUCGUAGUGAUGGUUUCACGGUUUUCUGAAAACUACCCUUUCCGCUUUUUGAUUGAAAUUCAUGUUUUUAUAUUCACUUUAUUGCCCGGAUUUGUGUAAUUGGGCGUUUUUGAAUGGUUUUUCUCUGUGCUGUUGUCAAGUGUUCAUAUUUCAGAGUCUUUGAAAUUUUGGGUUUCCUGGUACUUGAUUUGUUCCAAAUCUCGUGUUUCUUCAAUUCCCAUAUUCAUAUUGUGUUUGAUUUUGUCUUGUUUACAUGCAAACUCUGGUCAACUGUUCUUUGCUAUCAUCUAUAUAUCAUGUUCCCAAUUACAAUUUUGAGGUAGAACAUAUUUUGUUUCUGAUGUCUGAAUCCCUCAAAUUCUGGGGUUUGGAAAACCUAAGAUUUUGAGGUGAAUUUUGAUUCUCAUAUGGGGAUGGGGUCAAGAGGUUUCUUGGUUUUGGUUUUAAUACCCAUGUGGCUGGUUUUCUUGUGCCUGCCUGAAACUGGUCUGGCUAGUGUUCAGAAUGUUGGGAAGUUGAAUUUGGGGUUCAGAGGUUCUCAAAUGACUUGGAUAGACAAUAAUGGGAUGGUCUUAGUAUCCAAUAAUUCCAAUUUUGCAUUUGGGUUCAACCCCACACAGAAUGUCACUUUGUUUGUGCUUGUGGUCAUGCAUUUGAGCAGCCAAACUGUGAUCUGGUCUGCGAAUAGAGGUUCCCCGGUUCAAAAUUCGGAUUUAUUCGUGUUUGAUGAUUCCGGGAAUGCUUAUCUGCAGAGUGGGGGGUCUACGAUUUGGUCAAGUGGUACCGGUAAAAAAGGGGUUGCUGCAAUGGAACUGAGGGACUCGGGGAAUCUUGUUUUGGUUGGGAAUGAUAGCAAUGUUGUUUGGCAGAGUUUUGAUCAUCCCGUUGAUACUCUCGUUUCAAAUCAGGAGUUUGAUGAAGGAAUGAAGCUUGUAAGUAGUCCUGGCUCGAAUAAUUUCACCUAUUCCCUCGAGAUCAAGUCUGGGGAUAUGAUUCUUUCGGCGAGUUUCAAUCCCCCACAGCCUUACUGGGCUCUGGGAAAGGAUAGCAGAACAACUAUCAAUAAGCUCGGUGGAGGUGUUACUUCUGCAGUUCUUGAUGCCAAUUCUUGGAAAUUUUAUGAUCGGAACAAAGUCUUGAUCUGGCAGUUCAGAUUCUCUGGAAAUACCGAUGUGAAUGCUACAUGGAUUGCAGUUUUAGGAAACAAUGGUGUAAUCUCUUUCAGCAUUCUCCAAGACAGCAACCAACCCAUCGUUUCCACAACGAGAAUACCCGAGGGAGAGUGCAACACACCCGCAGCUUGUGAUCCGUAUUACGUGUGUCAUUCUGGCAACAUGUGUCAAUGCCCUUCGUCUCUUCCAUCGUCGUGCAAACUGGGAACUGUGUCUCUAUGUAAUAAUUCCGAGGCUGUGGAGCUUGUAGAUGCCGGGAAUAGCCUCAGUUACUUUGCGAUUGGAUUUGUUCCUCCUGCUUCUAAAACCAAUUUGAAUGGUUGCAAAAACUUGUGCCUCGGGAAUUGCACGUGUGCUGCCUUGUUCUUCGACAGCAGCUCGGGGAAUUGUUUCUUGUUUGAUCAGAUAGGCAGCUUGCGAGACGAUGCUAAUGGUGCUGGCUUCAGUUCAUACAUUAAAGUCUUGAGCAGUAGCCGAAAUGGCGGGGAUGGUGGAAGCAGCAAGAAACAUGUGCCUAUUAUCAUAGCCAUUGCCAUUUUGACAAUACUGAUAAUUACUUGCCUGGUUUUUGUAGGAAUCCAUUUCCACAAGAAGAGAAACGAAAAUUUGCUCGAGUCUCCACUAGAUAGUUCGGAAGAGGAUAAUUUCUUGGAGGGCUUAUCAGGGAUGCCAAUUCGUUUUAGCUACAAAGACCUCCAGAAUGCAACGAAUGACUUCAGUGUUAAGCUCGGGCAUGGAGGGUUUGGUUCGGUUUACCAAGGAGUUCUUCCAGACGGGACUCGAGUGGCUGUGAAAAAACUGGAAGGUAUUGGUCAGGGAAAGAAGGAGUUUCGAGCUGAAGUGAGUAUAAUAGGCCGCAUACAUCACCUUCAUCUCGCGAGGCUUAAGGGCUUUUGUGCUGAAGGAGCUUAUAAGCUACUUGUUUAUGAAUACAUGGCAAAUGGAUCCUUGGAUAGGUGGCUUUUCCGCGACAAUGAAGGGUUUAUGCUGGAUUGGAAUGCGAGGUACAACAUUGCUCUUGGCACGGCUAAAGGUCUAGCGUACCUCCAUGAGGAUUGCGAUGCGAAGAUUGUGCAUUGUGACAUAAAGCCUGAAAACGUCCUGCUUGAUGAUCAUUUCCUAGCUAAAGUCUCGGACUUUGGCCUGGCGAAGCUGAUGACUCGAGAGCAGAGCCAAGUGUUCACCACGCUACGAGGCACGAGGGGGUACCUCGCGCCAGAAUGGAUCACAAACUACGCCAUAUCAGAGAAGAGUGACGUUUACAGCUACGGAAUGGUGCUGCUCGAGAUAAUCGGUGGCAGGAAAAACUACGACUCGUCGCAAAGUUCAGAGAAAUCCCACUUCCCGUCCUACGCUUUCAAAAUGAACGAAGAGGGGAAGCUGAAGGACAUCGUCGAUAUGAAGCUGAGAAUAGACGAGGGCGACGAGAGGGCCGUGACAGCCAUCAGAGUCGCUCUCUGGUGCAUACAGGACGACAUGCACCUCAGACCGCCUAUGACAAAGGUUGUUCAGAUGCUGGAAGGCCUCUGCCCCGUCCCUCCCCCGCCAAGCUCCUCCCCGCUCGGCUCUCGCCUCUAUUCAUCCUUUUUCAAGUCAGCCAGUGAGGAAUGCACUUCAUCAGGAGCCUCCGCGCCUUCGGACUACAACAGCGACGCUUACCUUUCUGCUGUUCGCCUUUCGGGGCCGAGGUAGCAGCUGCUCCAUUUGUGACUAUUUGUGUAGAGUGGUGUCAUAGGAGAAUUUUGCAUUACAAAGAUAGUAAAAUGUCACUCAUAUAUAUAUGUUUGCUCUAUACAGUUAAAUUGAUGCAUGUAUGAAAACUGAAAA